CCGGAUAUUCAUUUUGCGUGGUUCCGCCCAGUGGAAACCUACAGGAACCCUCCGCGCAUGGAGUGGGAUUUAUUUUUUCUUCAAUCAGAAAUAUCGAUAGGGACCCGUCCAUACCUAAUUCUACGCCUAUAGUCUGUAGAACGGAGCAAAGCGUUGUUGUCUUUUCCCCAUUCAGUGGCUGGAUAACUGUUGCAUGCUGGGAAACCCCGCCUCUGACGACAACAAGCAGCGCGGUGUUUUAGCGGGUCAGGCUAAAACUCUGGAGACUUCUCUAUGGAGAUGCACAGCGCGUAAAUGCCAAAAUCGCGGUUAAAAAAAAAUUUUUUUAUUUACCGGACGAUAUUAGGUCUAUCGAUCUAUCGCGAUAGGCCUAAUUCGAGCUGCUUUAGCAUUUAUUACACACGUUACAGAUAGCAUGGUUUGCUGCUUCGCCCCUGGAUGCCAGAGUUUGCAGAACAGCAUGGCCACCUUAUUUAAGUUUCCUUAAAAUGAAGAGAGAAAGAAAAGGUGGAUUGAUUUUGUGAAGACCUGCUUUGAUGGAGAGUUGAGGCUCCUCACCAACGCCUGCCUCUGCAGUGACCGUGUUAUACACUGGGUAGUUUUACAGACUUUUUCAUCAGAGACAACUGAUAAUCUGUUAUUACUGGCGAAUGGGCCGAGCCAACCAUCUCUCUGUCCAUCUGGCAGCAGCAGCAGGACAUGCCCUCCAAUGAGUCCAAGUUGCCUUCUGUGCCUGUGUCUUAUAUUAGCUAACUUAGUCCACACUAAAUCGACUAAACUUUGUUGGAGUUGCAACCAUCUAAUUUGAUUUUACAAAGUAAAAUCAUCGAGCAUCAGUUUCGGCUUUGCCUGAAGCCUAUCGAGGCACCUAUGUGUAUGUUUAACCAAGUUCAAGAGUGUUUAAAGGGCACAUCUUGGGUAUAUUUAGGAGCAAGAUCAAUGUAAUUCUCUUAUCUUAUAUGAAACUUUGGUCAAAUAUCUGUCACGGUUUGCAUUUUGUGCAAUUUUUUUUUUUUUUUUUUACCUCGCACAAUACCAGAAAAACUCACUUGAAAUCAAGCCAUUUGAGGUGAAUUCGUCUGCCUCUGAAAAAAACUUGGCAUUUGGAUUUCCCGGCAAAUGUUGAUUUUCGUGACGUCACGUGCGGGGCGCCUCGUUCUGAAUCCCAUGUUGAAAAAGUGAGAAUAAGACCUGGUGGUUUUCUGCAAAUUUCUUCAACGUUAUCACGUAAUUAUUAAAAUGGUUAACAGAUGUAUCGUAGGAGGGUGUAGCAACAGCAAUCUCGAUGGGGUUAGUACUCAUCGUUUUCCAAAAGACCGGACAAUGAGGGAGAAAUGGGAGCGCUUCGUGCGAGGCACCCGGAAAAACUGGCAACAUGCAACAGACCACAGCAUCAUGUGCGGGGCUCACUUCGUAAAGCCCGACGACUUUGAGAACUAUUUGCAGUGGGAAAUGGGCUUCAAGAAGCAACUUGAUCUGAAAAAAGACGCAGUUCCAUCUGUUAGAACGCCCAAAGCAACACCGUCUGUGUCAGCGUCAUCAACGGAGCCAGCCGUGUUCGUCUCCCCUGACAGAAGGCGAAGUGCCGCAUCUACUGAGGCCCUCGACACCGAGGACCAAGCAGAGCCGAGAAAAAGACCAGGAAAAUCGGCAAUUCACAAGUUGACUGUUGCCAGGAGUACAUUACAGACUUUGUUGGGUAACCAUGUUGGUUGCCAAACAGACCCACCCAGCCGGUCAUCUCAGGGUACACAGCUCUCCUUGUGUACACUAAGCCCUCAUGUUCGAAGCAAAGGUACACAAGUUUCAGGUUCUGUAAGUGUGGAGGUUGGCACGACUACCACAGACGCACCUUGGACCACAAGUUGUCCGCUGGCAUCCCCACCAUUCAAGGCUCCGAGGCCAGCAAAAAGAUCUCAGAUUGAUGUAGAGGAGGAAGACAAGGGACAUCUUUCCACAGAGGUCCCUAAACCACAGGCUCCCACCGAUGAUCCUGUCGAGUCCAUCACAGUUACAAUAGAAUCGUCACAGUUUUCGAGUACUGAGGUGAUGGUGAACACGCAAUGUUUGCUGGAGCUUUUCCAGUUCUGCUGGUUUUGUCAGAGAGAGUGCUGUACUACCAUUGAGGGCAACGAGAAGCUGUCUUCAAUCACACAGGACUGCCAGAGUUGUGGCUACCACAGAAAUUGGAGGAAUCCUCCUCCCACAAGUUUAUCUAGUGAUGAAGAAGCAAGCCUUUCAGAAGAAGAAGAUAAAAAGAAAAGAAAGAGGAAGUCUGACAGUUCAGAUGAGUGGGAGCCAUGUUUAAAUGAAAAGGCCACAGACUCUGAUGUGUCCAUGGAUGAAGACCUGUUCACAGCUUUAAAGGAGGAUGGUGAGGGUAAACUUGUGGUGUGGUGUACACAAUGUGAGACCAAGGCCUCGCUCUCCUGUUCUGUCCUUCAACACAAAAAAGUGUUCUGCUGUUCUCAGUGCAGGACAAGUGACGACGUUCAAACGCACAAUUGUGAAACCCUACCUGUUCAGUUUGAUGAUGUUGCCAGUUUUCAGACACAUGUUGAACAGGAGCAUGGAGCCAAACCAUUCAAUAUGCUGUGUCAGGAUUGUGGCAAGUUUGUUAGAGCAAAUAAAGAGCAUGUCUGUGAACACAAAAUCAAAUGUGUCAUCUGUCCAGAGUGUGGGAAAAGGUUCCUCACUGAAGUCGGUUUAAAGAAGCACUACAAUCGGCUCCAUGCAGAUUAUGAUCAUCCGUGUAAAUACUGUCUGAAGGUCUUCAAAACCAAGUCUGCAAAACUGCAACAUGAGCAGACUCAUCCUAAAGAAGCUCAACCAUAUAGCUGUCCAGAUUGUCCACAGAAGUUUAGCAGGAUUCACAAACGCAAUAAACAUGUUAAGUCCCACCAAGGUCCACAUAAAUGUGUGUGUGAUGUCUGUAAGAAAGGCUUUAGGACUAUUCCCGGGUUGAGGAGGCAUAAACUCAUCCACUCUGGUGAAAAGCCUUUCAAAUGCCUAAUGUGUGAGCGUUCCUUUAACCAAGUAGCAAACCGCACUUCCCACAUGCGUGUCCACACUGGAGAGAAACCUUUCAUGUGUGACCAGUGCGGAGAGUCUUUCAGUCACAAUGUCAGCCUGAAGAACCACAAGCAACGACACCAUGACUCUGGUUCGACUCAGGAGGAAGAAAUAAUGAGUGAUCUAAAGGAAGGUGAUGUAUAAAUGGUGGCAGUUCUGUAGUAAAGCUUUGGUUAGUAGUUCAUGAGGAAAAAUGAUGGCUGAAGUCCUACAUCUAUAAAUGGUUAAGGGGGCUGCACGGUGGUGUAGUGGUUAGCGCUGUCGCCUCACAGCAAGAAGGUCCGGGUUCGAGCCCCAUGGUCGGCGAGGGCCUUUCUGUGCGGAGUUUGCAUGUUCUCCCCGUGUCCACAUGGGUUUCCUCCGGGUGCUCCGGUUUCCCCCACAGUCCAAAGACAUGCAGGUUAGGUUAACUGGUGACUCUAAAUUGACCAUAGGUGUGAAUGUGAGUGUGAAUGGUUGUCUGUGUCUAUGUGUCAGCCCUGUGAUGACCUGGCGACUUGUCCAGGGUGUACCCCCCCCGCCCGUAGUCAGCUGGGAUAGGCUCCAGCUUGCCUGCGACCCUGUAGAACAGGAUAAAAAGGCUAAUGAGAUGAAGUCUGUUCAGAAGGAUGCAGAUAUUUACUCAAUAAACAAGCUUUUAUUUUUAAUUCACAGACCCGUUUUCAACUUUAUAAAGCCUGCCUUGUCAAAAUUGCCACAUGGUCGUCUCCUGUUAUUUGUAUAAUACAGACUGCUGUUUCUCUUGUCAACACAAUAAACAGAAAUUACAGAA